UCAGUUGAGUUUUGUGCGUUGUGCGGUGAAGUUGCGCCUCCGUUCCCAAAGAUACUCGAGCUGUGUGGUGCAUCCUUGUCAGAGACUCCUGAGACCAUAAACCGAAAAAUAUUAAAAAGGGCUGCGCAGUCGCAAACGCUUUGGUUUUCUUCAAUAAAAUCACCAAAUAAAACAGAAAUAUGAGAGAAAUUGUCCAUCUGCAGGCCGGCCAGUGCGGCAACCAAAUCGGCGCUAAGUUCUGGGAGAUUAUUUCCGAGGAGCAUGGCAUCGACAGCAAUGGCAUCUAUGUCGGCGACAGUGAUCUUCAGCUGGAGCGCGUUAGUGUUUACUACAACGAGGCAUCUGCUGUGAGCCGGUCCUCAGGGGGAAAGUAUGUGCCCAGGGCCAUCCUGCUCGAUCUCGAGCCAGGCACCAUGGAGUCGGUGCGUUCAGGUCCCUACGGACAGCUCUUCCGCCCGGACAACUUUGUCUUCGGCCAGUCGGGUGCCGGCAACAACUGGGCCAAGGGUCACUACACCGAGGGCGCCGAACUGGUGGACAAUGUCCUGGAUGUUGUGCGCAAGGAGUGCGAGAACUGUGACUGCCUGCAGGGCUUCCAAUUGACCCACUCUUUGGGCGGAGGUACUGGCUCCGGCAUGGGCACCCUGCUCAUCUCCAAGAUCCGCGAAGAGUAUCCGGAUCGCAUCAUGAACACCUACUCGGUGGUGCCCUCACCGAAGGUCUCCGACACUGUGGUGGAGCCCUACAACGCCACUCUGUCGAUCCACCAGCUGGUGGAGAACACAGACGAGACGUACUGCAUCGACAACGAGGCCCUGUACGACAUCUGCUUCCGCACCCUGAAGGUGUCCAAUCCCAGCUACGGAGAUCUGAACCACUUGGUUUCGUUGACCAUGUCCGGAGUCACCACGUGCCUGCGCUUCCCCGGCCAGCUUAACGCCGAUCUGCGCAAGCUGGCGGUCAACAUGGUACCAUUCCCGCGUCUGCACUUCUUCAUGCCCGGCUUCGCGCCGCUCACCUCCCGCGGCUCCCAGCAGUACAGGGCCCUGACCGUGCCGGAGCUGACCCAGCAGAUGUUCGACGCCAAGAACAUGAUGGCCGCCUGUGAUCCGCGUCACGGCCGCUAUCUGACAGUGGCCGCUGUCUUCCGAGGACGCAUGUCCAUGAAGGAGGUGGACGAGCAGAUGCUGGCGGUGCAGAACAAGAACAGCUCGUACUUUGUUGAAUGGAUUCCCAACAACGUGAAGACCGCCGUGUGCGACAUCCCGCCGAAGGGACUGAAGAUGUCCUCGACGUUUAUUGGCAACACCACGGCGAUCCAGGAGCUGUUCAAGCGCAUCUCUGAACAGUUCUCGGCCAUGUUCCGGCGUAAGGCGUUCCUGCAUUGGUACACCGGCGAGGGCAUGGACGAGAUGGAGUUCACCGAGGCGGAGAGCAACAUGAACGACCUGGUGUCGGAGUACCAGCAGUACCAGGAGGCCACCGCCGACGACGAGUUCGAUCCGGACGUUAAUCAGGAGGAGGUCGAGGGCGAUUGUAUUUAAUGGUGUGGCCAGAGGAAUGAGGUGCGUGCGUGAGGAGAGGGGACGCCUGUUUCUGCGUGGCAUGCGGCAGCAGCUGUCGGCCAAGCACUGC